UGAUCCAUAUACUCAGUGUAGCAUUUUCCGUUGCUCUUCUAAUGAGAGGAUGUGACGCACAACUGGAUGUGUGUGGCAGACCACCUCUCAACACAAGGAUAGUUGGAGGACAGGAUGCACUGGCUGGUGCUUGGCCAUGGCAGGCCAGCCUUCACACGAGCAGUGGCCAUUUCUGUGGUGGAUCACUCAUCAGCAAUGAAUGGGUUCUGACUGCAGCUCACUGCUUUGCCAAAAUUACUUCAUCCGCUGCCCUAACUGUGUACCUGGGCCGACGGACACAGGAAGGAGUAAAUACAAACGAACAGUCCAGGAGUGUCUCUGAAAUAAUAACGCAUCCAGGCUACAUUAGCAGUACUAAUGACAAUGACGUUGCUCUUCUGCAUCUGUCUUCACCGGUGACAUUUACUGACUAUAUCAGACCAGUCUGUCUGGCUUCAUCAAACAGUACAUUCUUCAGCCGCACUGUGAGCUGGGUCACCGGAUGGGGAAACAUUAGGACAGGCGUUCCCCUGCCCUCACCGCAAACUCUACAGGAAGUGCAAGUGCCUGUUGUUGGAAACAGGCAGUGCAAGUGUCUUAAUAAAAACUUUGCAUCAAUCACAGACAACAUGAUAUGUGCCGGACUACUAGAAGGAUUGAAAGACUCCUGUCAGGGUGACUCUGGUGGUCCUAUGGUCAGCAAGCAGGGCUCGCUCUGGGUCCAGUCUGGAGUUGUGAGCUUCGGCAAAGAUUGUGCUUUACCUGACUUUCCUGGUGUGUAUGCCCGAGUGUCUAAGUACCAGAGCUGGAUCAAUGAGAAGAUCACCUCCAACCAACCAGGCUUUGUUGCAUUCACCUCCAAUGGCACUGACGGUGACCUGGCAAUUAACUGUGAUAUUGUGCCUGCCAUUACCACAACCACUGUCGCCACUACAACAACUACAACCGUCGCACCUGUAGUGUGUGGAAGCGCCAGACUGAACACCCGCGUUGGAGGAAACAGCUCCCUCGCCUCUUCCGGUGUUUGGCCAUGGAUGGCCAGCCUGCAGUUUAACGGCAGUCACGUUUGUGGAGGAGCGCUGAUUGCUGAACGCUUUGUCAUGAGCUCUGCCAGCUGCUUUACCAGAUCCAGCAAUGCCUCUGACUGGACCGUGAUCCUGGGCCGUCUGAAUCAGAACGGCUCCAACCCUAAUGAGGUCUCUAUAAAAGUGGCCAAUCUCACAAUCAGCAACGGUACAGGUGACAACGUUGCAGUCUUGCAGCUGGCCGUCGCACCAAACCUCACAAAUUUCAUUCAGCCUAUAUGUGUGGACAUGGGAGACAAUACCUUCAGCGCUAACACUCAGUGCUGGGCGGCAGGAUGGGGCUCGGGAGCAGGAGGAGUGAUUCAAACUCUUCAGGAGUUCCAGACCGCUGUUGUGAGUUGUGGGAACUCAUCCUCAAACAACAGUAUUUGUACGAGUUCCUUGAACUUACAGGAGGGUGAUCAGGGUGGUCCGCUGAUGUGUAAGCUGGGUCAGUCGUGGAUCCAUGCUGCUGUUUUGACCAUACAGAAUAGCAGCAUACAGACUAGCAUUUCAAACACAAGCUCCAGCAACAGCACCGCAUCCCGCUCUGCUCACGCUCAAGAUGUCCAGGUCUUCACUAAAACCUCCAGCUUUGCCUCAUUCCUGACAUCUGUUGUGGGUUCCUUCCCUGCAAAAGCCACAAACUCCACAAGUUCAACUACAAGCGCAGCAAACAACUCAACCCUGGGUGCCCCUAGUGGGUCACAAACAUCUUCUUCCAUCUGUUUGAUCGUUUCAGUCCUCUUGCCUGCACUUACGGCUCUUAAAAUCUUUCAUCAAGGCUGAGUUUUUGAGUAGGUUUAUUAAUUAUGAAUGUGUAUGUAAGUAUUCAGACACAUAAUAGAUGUCUUCAAUGUGCUUCCUAUGACCGAUUACAUAAUCAUACAACAUAAAAAGCUUUUGUGGGGCACAUACUUCAUUUUUACUACACAAAUGUGAACAUUAUAUCUCUAUUGUUAUCUCAGACCAUGAAGCUGCUGCCUGUUGUUCUUACACUGUACAAUUACACUGUAUGACUUUACAGUGGUAGUAACAAGUGCAUAGCUAAUGUUUGUAACCAGGUGGUUUACGUAUAUUUACACUGUAGCAGAUGCAGCAUGUAGUUGUUAUUCAGCUUGGCACUUUAUGGAAAUGUCCCAUUUGAGUGGUUCAGUUCUAAUACUUACUGUACCGUAGCUUAACUAACAAGUACCUCAAGCUGUACCACAUUUAGGACAUUACUGUAAGUUAGAUAUAUUAAAGAAUAGAAUAUAUCCAUUUUAUUAUUAUUUAGAAAAUGAUUUUUGCCACAAUGUUUGGAAGAGUGUUUCAUAAUGUGAAACUAUUUUCAGAUU